GCCGCCGUCGCACUAGGAAAACAGCUGUGGCAAGCUAAAGCGAGCUAGCAUCGUUUUGUUUCUGUCGUGUGUGUGUGUGUGUCAGCGAUUCCAGCCGUCCCUUGAACGAAUCUACCGCUAUCUUAAGACCCCCCUGGAGUGACCGACGACUUGUUGUCUGUCAUCUCUUUUGUCACGAUGAAGUUUCAAUACAAAGAGGAGCACCCUUUUGAGAAAAGGCGGUCCGAGGGCGAGAAAAUAAGGAAGAAGUAUCCGGACAGGGUACCAGUAAUCGUGGAGAAAGCCCCCAAAGCCAGAAUAGGAGAUCUGGACAAGAAGAAAUACCUUGUCCCCUCCGACCUGACAGUGGGCCAGUUUUACUUCCUCAUCCGGAAAAGAAUCCACUUGCGAGCCGAGGAUGCUCUCUUCUUCUUUGUAAACAAUGUCAUUCCACCCACCUCAGCUACCAUGGGCCUGUUGUACCAGGAGCAUCAUGAAGAGGACUUUUUCCUCUACAUUGCCUACAGUGAUGAGAGUGUGUAUGGGAACAGCCAAAGGGAAAUCUGAUCCCGCUACUACCCCCCGCCUCCCCCUCUCCCAACCCCCCUCCACACCCCCAACCACUACCCACCUUUCUGAGACCUCAACCAUUCAUUCAUUUAAAUAUUAAAUCCAGCUCAGCAGCCUAGAGUUCCCAGAGUAAAACAUGUUCAUUUACGUCUUUAUUAUUCUGCAGUCUGAAUUGUAUUUGCCUCCACUUUUCUUUUUAAUAGCGACUUUGGUUACGUGGUCUCAUGGCCAGUUGUUUUUCUAGUGUCAUCAUUGAUCAUACUUUACUGAGAAAAAAAAAAAAAAAAACUGAGAAAGAAUGAUGAAAUAAUUUUAGGACUAGGCCGUACUUAUAGUUACUCCAGGGUUAAGGGAAAAAAAAAAAAGACAUUGUAUGUGAGUUCAAAUCAGCUCUUGUUGAUAAUGACGAUAGUUCAAGUAUUGGUUGUUCAGUUUUGACAAGCUUGCAGGAAGAUAAAAGUGUGUUUUUGAGUUUCGGGUAUGAAUUUGAUAGCAUCCACCAGUUGACGGCGGGUUAUUUUGUCUCUAGCAGAGUAAAGGAUAACUGUUUUGCAGCAGUUCUUUUCCUAGAAGAAACUGAUGUCACCAGCCACUAUGAAGUUGGUGAAUGAGGAUUUAGCGUACUGCCCCGCAUCUUUUUUUGCAAAGGAGUAUCAUAGAAUUCAGACUUAACAAUCAUCCUCUGCUUUCAGUGGUAAGACUAUUAUGUUGACUGCUACUAUGAUUAUUGUUGUUAUUAUUGUUAAUUUUAGAUGGCUUAAUUUCUAAAGGUAUUGUAAAGCUGAGUGCAAUUUUCUCUUUUUUUUAAGUUUUGUCUCCUUUUUUUUUUUUUUUUUUUUUUUUUUAAAAAAAGAUUUGAACUCUGUAUACAGCUGCAUUACUGGCUCUUUCUCUCCACUCAUGACCAUACAUGAUAAAAUGUGAUGAAAAGCUAA